UAGUGUUCGUAGGCUAGGGAUUGUUACUAUGUGUCCUUGGGGAGCUAAGACUUCAUUACCAUGGAAGGAGACUGAGUGACCUCUCGGUCAAACGAUGACACUGGGGUGGCUCAUGGUUAGAAUGAAUGUGGGUGUCAUUGUUCGAGGAGUUAUUAGUGGUGAUGAUGGACCGGGAGAGUGAAUUUACCUUAUCCUGAUGCCGCAACAUGUAGUUCUGCCUGACUGUGGGAAAUCAUUAAAGAUUAUUUUGCUUUACUGUGGUCUAUGAUUUUGCAUCUGAAAGCAGAGUUUGCUUUUCGUACAGAUCUCGUAAUUGUGACAAACAUGAAAGUCAGUAAAUGUGAAAAUUCGGUUGACUUUUUACUUGUAUGGAACUGAACUUGUUUCUCCCUCCACUGGAGAAAGCUCCCCUGCUGCAUACAUGGGGCUUGUUGCACCUGGUCUCCUGUUGUACUUGGUUUCUGCAUUAUGCCAUUCAGGUGGUGCUCUCAGACUGUCACAGCAAACACAACCCCAUGUGUCGUGUUUGCCCCGCAUGGGUCAGGAUGAAUUAAGCACUAGUAAACCAGAUGGAACCGGGGAUGCUUACACUAAUUAUGUUGCUCAGCCAGGCCAGGAAGGUCCAGUUGUGACCAAAUCAGAUAGACUAAUCACCAAUUUCAACUAUACAAUCAGAAGAGAAUGCAGAAAGAAUAAAAAGAAAAAGCUUCCAGUUGGAGUUGAUCUACAGCACUUUCCCCUCUCCCUGUCUGUAAUACACCUCUGUUUGGCUACAGCAGAUUGCCAACCCUGCAUUCGUGUCUGCGCAAAACUGUACAAAGCAGGCAGACUUCAGCUUAGAGGCAUCAGGAUUGAAUUCCUACAGCUCAGCACUAACAACCACUACAGUCUUAGGCUGUGCAGUGAGACAAAGGCACAAAAUGAUGAUAGUUGGGAAAUCCAGUAUGACUGUUUUCCUGCAGAUGCUGGACAUGAGGUGAUUGUGUCUCUGUCUACUAUCCCAGACUAUGGAGUACAGGUUUGCAGAAACCACACUGUUGAUGAACAUGAAACAGAUCCAGUAUUUAAUUAUUCAUUUUCUCUGAUGAAGAAAACGGUUUCAGUAUCUGUACUACCAGGACCCAGUGUAACUGCUAGACUUUGCUAUCAGCAAGCUUUCACAUGUGAACAGCUAGGUAACCAGUCAUACCAACAGAUUGACACGUCACAUUCACUGAGUGCAGUUUUAUCUUAUGAAUUCCUUCUCCCUUGCCUUUGUCUUGAGGUUUACUACAGCAAACAAGACAGCUCCCGAAAGCAAGUGUUCCCCUUCAGUGAAACUGAAGAAGCCUAUAAUGCUGACCUCUGGAGAUCUAGCAGGUUUACAGACUGGAGUGAUGAAUUCAAGGAUCAAAUGAAAGUGGACUUCAGCUGGCCCUGUUCACGUCUGAAGCCCAGUGUCUCUCUCUGCUGGAAGGAAAAUGAACACUUUGACAGUGCAUGCCUAGACAUUGCAAACUCUUCAGUUGUUGCAAGUGGAAUGACCUACUUUAUUGAUAGUGUCGAUGUACACCCUCGCAUGUGUUUCAAGUUUGCUUACAGAAACAGCAGUCAUGUCUGGUGCCCAAACAGGAGGGAUUGGAGCGUGGAUGUGGAGGUUGGAGUAUUUCAGCUGGUUCUGCAAUUCAAGUCCUAUAUUCCUGCAUCCUUUAGUGCAACUCUGUGUAGCAAAAAUGGCCAUGAUUGUAAUUCAACAUACCUCAUACACACUGUCACAAAGCAUUCCACUUCUGAUACUGAAAACAUAGAGCUGAUCCUUCCAUUCCAGGCACUUGGCUCUUGUGUGCAAGUGUGGCGAUCAGAUGUGCUCUUCUCUGGGAAGCAUAUAAUUUGCCCUAACUAUGACCAUGGACGGCUAGGCCUGCUUGUCUUGGCAUCACUGAGUGCGACAGUUUUUAUUAUUAUGCUGUUGCUACUUCUAAAACGCUGCAUCACUCGGAUAAUUUCAGCACCACCUUGGAGAAGGACAAUCCUUUUGAUCUACUCUCCUGAUUCAGAAGAGCACAACAUCUUGAUAGGUGCAUUUGCAGACUUCCUACGUGUAGAGCUUUGCUGUGAUGUCAUCCUGGAUCUUUGGGACACUGGAAAGGUGGCACAAAUUGGCAUCAUCCCAUGGUUAUAUGGAAAGAGAGAGCUAGUAGAAAGAGAAUCAGGAAAGGUCCUUUUGGUGUGGACGAAGUUUAGCAAAGUCUUAUUUGAACAGUGGCUUACAAUGAAACUCAGCUGUGGAUCCUGCCACAGUGAUCCUCAUGACCUUUUCAGCACAGCAAUGGCAUGUCUUCAGAGUGACUUAAAGCAAGGAGACAGGUCCAAGGACUACUUCCUCAUCUACUUUGAAGGACUAUGUGAAAUAAAUGACAUUCCAGACUCUUUUCAUACAAUAGCCAAAUUUAAGCUGCUAAAAGACUUGCCUGAUCUGGUAUGCAAGCUACAAAACCCAGCUGAGCUUUCUUGCUGGUUAAAGUUUGUGAUCAAGUUCUUUGUGCGAAGGAUUGCUCAAUCUGAAAGGAGCAAAAACCUAAGGAGGCGGGUGGAACUGUCCAGAGUCCGGCAGCAAAGUGGGACCCAGUGGGAAGAGGAUGCAGCUGAGUUAGAACUCAUAUCUUCAGAUGUUAGCUUAAUAGACCAGAGCACAAGUUCAAGUCUGUAGGCAUGCAUUCCUGUCACUGUCCUCUUGCAAUAGUUUGUUUUUGAACAACAUGUCAUACCACAGCACAGACAAGUUUUCUUUAUGUCCUGCCAGAGAUUAAAGGUAGACAACUCAUUUCUGUCUACACAUUAUAUUUUUUGAAAGGACAGUUCAUUUUCUUCAGUUACACAGAAUAUUCAAAGAUCCUGAAGUCUACAGAGCAGAUGCUUUAAGAUUAUUGUUUGUUUCAUUUUUGUGAUGAGUCAGGGAUCACACCAGAUUUUUAACAUUGCUGUUUUCAUACAUAUGGUUGUAUGUGUAAAAUGUCUUCAUUUUUUCUAUACACUAAUCCACAGUUUUUUUGUAUGCUGUGGGCUGGUUCAAAAAGAGUUUUAAUAGGAGCUGCUGACAAUCUGCUAUGUAGUUAAUCUGCUGUGGACUGGUUUCAGCAGAUUUGGAAGGUGCCAGUUCAUGGAGAAGACAGUGUAUUGCGGCAUAUAAUAUUGUAGCAGACAAUAAGCUAACUUGAAUGGUUGAGAGAAUUUAAUAAUGGACAUCAAGUCCUCUGGGCAGUAAUUAUGGUGCUGUCUAAAGUUUACUGAAGAGACAGAAAAUGUGCCUUGACUUAGUAAUUUAAUUGUUAUUGUUGUAAGCAGUGCCAUGUAUUUAUAUGCCCCCUCUGCACAAAUAGAAAUAUGAAGGAUAUUCCAGCUACAAAGAAACAGGAAGACUGCAACAAGUUUAUGGAUGCAAAUGAUAGUGUUAACGUCUUACCUAGACAUGUCCCCCUUUGUUGUGGGGAUAUUCCCUUCUUUACAUUUAAUGUCUUUCCUGUGUUUUGUAGUAACAGCUACGUUCUCCCUUUCUACCUCAGGAAGUAAUAUUCUGCAGCAAGUCUUAGCUGUCAAAUGGAUAAAGCACAUAAUCGUUCAUGAAGUAAAUUGUUUUACUGGAGACUUGUAUCUUGAAAUUAUGAAGGCAUGCAUCUUCGAUAGGUUGUCUAAAGAUACUAAAAAUCAAAACCGUUUAGCAUAUCACACUGGCAUUUAAAUAAAUUAUUCUUUUCCAACUCAAA